UAUCGCAAAUUAAAAUAUUCUUAAAAUAAUUCAUUCUUUAUAAAUUUAUUACUACUGCUUUAAAGCUGAUAAAAUUCUACAGACAUUCUAUAUUUCUAUUUAUCAUAUUUUUGAAUAUUUAUCUUCAUACGAACUGAAAUUAUCCGCUGGGAUAGUAGUGGUAGCCUAUAUAUUAAUGUAUAUAUUUGCACAGAAUUCUAACAAACAGGAGGAGAUUUAUUAUUAACAUAUUUAUUCAAUUGCUUGUUUUCUCAGCUGCAAUUCUGAUAAUAAAAUUAGUUGAUGUAUAAGUAGACAAAGCUUUAGUUUAAGGAUGGAGCCAUCGUUCAGAAUUUAUAUGGGAAUAUUUUGGAUUUUGACAUUGAUACUAAUGAAUCUGAAAAUAGGCUAUGCUAAUGAUAAAUAUGAUCACAGAAUUCGUUCUGGAGCUCGAGGAAAAAUACAAAAACGUUCUGCACGAAUUCAAGCACCUAUUUAUGUUUAUCGUUCACGGAAAAGUUGUUUGACUCCCAGAGCAUUUUAUGCAAAAUAUCCACCAUCAGAAAUACUUGCUGUGUCAAAGUUAAUUUAUGAAGCUUCGAUAAAUGAUCUUGGAAUGGAAAAAUUGUCACGUUCACUUGAUGCAUCUGCUCGAAUGGGCUAAAAUUAAUCAAUCAUAAAAUCUGUUUUUAAUGCAAAAAAUAAUCAACACCAUCUAUAUAAAUACAAAUUUUAUUUUAUAGUACUUUUGUAGUUAAGAUUUAGAUCAUAUAAGUUAGGACAGAUUGAUACAUAGACAAUAAAUGAUCUAAUGAAAUAUAAAAAAAAAAGUGUGUUACAAACUGUAUGUAUAUUUAUAUAAUUCUAAUAAGUACUUUAAAAAGGUAAAAAUCAGAAUAAAAAUUUUUAAUCAUACUAUCUAUUCUCAUUAAAUGUUUAGAAUAAAAUUAGGAUUUAAUUUUCUAAGAGAGAAACAUAUACAAACAUUUAAU